AUUAGCUGUGAGACAUCGUUCCUCGCCUGAGAUCAACUGACAAUGACGCUCCACGUUGAGGGGAAGAGAUUUGAGUGUGCGAUGAACGAUGACCCGGAGAUUAACGGUGAAGACCCAAAUAAGUACGACGGAAGGAUCAGAUGGUCGCGACAAAUGGACAGCAUUCUGUCUUUGGUUGGAUACUGUGUAGGCCUCGGCAAUCUUUGGCGAUUCCCCUACUUCUGUAACAGAAAUGGUGGAGGGGCGUUCCUGAUACCAUAUAUGGUAUGCCUUGUCCUGAUUGGCUUGCCUCUGUUCUUUCUGGAGCUUUCUAUUGGCCAGUUUUCUGGAAGUGGGGCUAUGCAUGUGUGGAGCAUAUGUCCACUCUUUAAAGGCCUUGGCUACGUGAUGAGCAUUGCCUCCUUCAUCUGCUCCUUCUACUUCAACCUGAUCAUUGCCUGGGUCCUGUACUACCUGGUCAUGUCCUUCUACCCUGUCCUGCCCUGGACCACCUGCUCCAACUGGUGGAACACACCCGCAUGUACCACCUGGGACGCCGUCAACAAAACAAGAGACAAUCUGACAUUGUCUGACAACAUUAGCGUAUCUAGCUACGUCAACAAAACACGUCUCAACGUCUCAACAUCAGCAGCGGAAGAAUUUUGGCAGUACAAUACACUGCGGGUUUCGGCGGGUCUACACGACAUGGGAGGGAUACAAUGGCACAUGGCACUCGCCCUCUUUGUCGCAUGGGUCAUUAUCUUUCUCUGUCUGAUCAAAGGUGUCAAAUCUGUUGGCAAGGUGGUGUAUGUGACGGCCCCACUGCCCUACAUACUCAUCACAGUCAUCCUCAUCCGCGCCGUGAUGCUGCCAGGAGCUACCCAAGGCAUCAUCUACUACGUCAGUCCAGACUUCAGUCGACUGGCUGACUUGCAGGUGUGGAUGGAGGCGAUGCUGCAGAUGUUUUACUCUCUCGGCGUUACCUGGGGCGGCCUUCACACCAUAGCCAGCUACAACAGGUUCUCCAACAACUGCUAUAGGGAUGCUGUCAUGAUCACGUUCCUCAGCGAGGGCACGAGUUUCUACGCAGGCUUCGCCAUUUUCUCCGUUCUUGGAUUCAUGGCGGAGAGCAAAGGGGUUCACAUAUCAGAGGUCAUCAAAGCAGGGCCUGGACUUGGUUUUGUGGCUUACCCAGAAGCUCUUGCGCUACUUCCGGUACCACAAUUGUGGGCAGUUAUCUUCUUCAUCAUGCUGGUGACGGUGGGAGUAGACUCUCAGUUUGGAACGACCGAGACAACAGUAACUGCAAUUGUAGAUACAUUUCCGAACAAGCUUCAUCAAAGGCGAGGUCUGGUGACCGCUUGUUUGUGUGGAUUCAGCUACAUCUCUGGACUUGUUUUAGUCACACGGGGCGGUAUCUACGUGUUCGUGCUGAUCGACUGGUAUGUGGCGACCUUCAGUCUUCUAGUGGUGGGGAUCAUGGAGUGUGUCAUCAUCGGAUGGAUAUACGGCGCGGCCCGGUUCAGUGGUGACAUUCAGAUGAUGCUUGGACGGAGACCCCCAGUGUUCAUGAAGAUGAUGUGGUGUUUUGUAUCUCCAAUCCUAAUGGCUAUGUGUUUCGUCCUGACUCUUGUACAGUACGAGGCUCCAACAUACGGGGACUAUGAGUACCCGACCUAUGGCGUAGCCAUUGGGUUAUUCAUUGGUCUGGUAUCCAUGGUACCGGUGCCAAUCUGUAUGAUAAAGGAGUUGGUAAAGGCAAAAGGAUCAUUUGUUGAGAGAGUGGGCACCUGUUUGAGACCUGACUCCACGUGGGGACCAAUCUCGAGGAAACACCGUGCUGAAUACUCCAAACCUGUUGAAGGGUCGGACUGGAAGAACUCCUUCAGGAUAUAUAAAUGGUAGCGGGCACCCAUGCUGCUGAGCACACCAAGCAGUAGAGGAAUAGGAAAAGCUAGCCUUUUAGGAUAUAUGGAAUGGAAGCGUGGGAUACAAAGUACUGUGGAAACAAAGAAUUUGUAGUUAGGAAAAUGAUUGGUUUUAAUAUAUGUGGAUGUGGAAUAGUGAAAGUGAACUUCAUGAUCAUAAACCUAAUACUGCUGAAACACAUGUAUGCACAUGUUGAGUCACAACUGUACAAUUGACUCUGCUUUUAGCAGAAAUUUGUUAAGAAUGUGGAAAAGGCUUUCUCGCUUCUAUGUAUUUGUAUGUUGAACCUCGAUAUCAAAUCUUUAUAUAGGCUCCAGAUCUUUUUGAAAUAGAUCAUGUUUUAGAAGACUUGUAUUCAUCUACAAAAAUGGGUCCUAUAGCGGCUAUCAUCACUUUGUCCUUUUAGCCUGUGUGUUAAAGCUUCAUUUAAACCUCUCAUAUAUGAGAUUCUUAUGUGUUUUAAUGACCCCUGCUUUUUCAUCAAGUAAAAACCCAUUGGUAGCCUUGACACGGUAGGUGUACUUCUUGUAGGUGGGACCGCCAUUUAUUCUAACUCCAACUAUAAAACACCUUGCUUAAGAUAAAAACAAAGUCUUUCUUGACAUAUCGCGAUUCGGCAAUAUUCAAAGUAAAACAUCGAUGUAUCGUGGCCCAUUUGAAGUAUCGUAUCGGUAUGUAUGACAAUAUAAAACUUUGUAUGCAUAUCAAUGAAUCGUCACACCAGUAGUAUUCAUGCUUAACUCUUGCAUGGUGUAUUCUUAAGUACGACGUUAAACCCCACGUCACCUCACCUCUUGUAGGGGGGAGACUCGUCAACUACAAAAGAGGGUAGGUUAGUGCAAUAAGGCAUGGGUACACUUCAUAGCUAUUUUGUUUAGAUGUUUGCCAAUACGAUAAAUAAUAAUCGAUACAGAUUCUUGUACAACUAAUGCUUGACAACGGUACAAGAAUCUGAAUCAAACGCCCCACUUGCGAAAUAAACUAAAUUGCUCUCCA